AUGGUAUCAGUUUUUGGUAAGCUUUUCCUUACAUUACUUGUGGUUUACUCUGCUUAUUUGGUGAACUUUAAAUGUUCCCAAUUAAAUGAAACUCCUUUAGAACAUAGUUCUGAAGUUGUUUUACAUCCGUUAAGUCAUCAUCAUAAUCAAAUUUGUGAUGGAUAUAAUGCUGGUGUUAAUUUUGCCGAACCUUAUUUGAGUAAAGUUCAUGAAUUUUUGGAUGAACAUGUUCAUUCUCAUCCAUACUAUAAAGAGUAUGAAGUUGAUUCUAAAUUACAACUUGUUAAGGGUAAAUAUUUAGAAAUUGUUCAUCCUUAUGUUAUUCAAUUAUGGCAAUUGAUUGAAGUUGCUGAGGUUCAUAUUUAUGAUCACCUUGUUGAAUUAUACGCUCAUUUAAAAGGUCAAUAUGAAUCAGUAGUUGCUCCAAAAAUUACUGAAAUUAAAGAAAAAUAUUUGUAA